UAAACAAGAGCCGGGACGUGAUGAGGCGGCGGUUGAUCCUAGGGCGGCGAGUGGCGGCGACCCAGGCGGCUAGCGGGGCCCGGCGCCGACCCUGAGUGCAGCCUGACCCGCUCUCGCGCGCGCGCCCUCCCCGGCGCGGCCCACUCGCCGCGCGCCCAGCCAUGAACCUGGCGAGCCAGAGCCGGGAGGCCGGCGCCGGCCAGCUGCUCUUCGCCAACUUUAACCAGGACAUCACGUCCCUAGCUGUUGGUAGUAAGUCCGGUUAUAAAUUUUUCUCCCUUUCUUCUGUGGAUAAGCUGGAACAGAUCUAUGAAUGCACUGACACGGAAGAUGUGUGCAUCGUAGAGAGAUUGUUCUCCAGCAGCCUAGUGGCCAUCGUGAGCCUUAAAGCACCAAGGAAGCUAAAGGUUUGCCACUUUAAGAAGGGAACUGAGAUCUGCAACUACAGCUACUCCAACACGAUUCUGGCUGUGAAGCUCAACAGGCAGAGGCUGAUAGUGUGCCUGGAGGAGUCCCUGUACCUCCACAACAUUCGGGACAUGAAGGUGCUGCAUACAAUCAGGGAGAGGCCUCCAAACCCUGCAGGCCUGUGUGCACUGUCAAUCAACAACGACAACUGCUACUUGGCAUACCCAGGGAGCGCGACCAUCGGAGAGGUGCAGGUCUUCCAUACCAUUAAUUUGAGAGCUGCAAACAUGAUUCCGGCUCAUGACAGUCCUUUAGCGGCAUUGGCCUUUGAUGCAAGCGGAACUAAACUUGCCACGGCUUCAGAGAAGGGGACCGUGAUUAGGGUAUUUUCCAUUCCAGAAGGACAAAAACUCUUUGAGUUUCGGAGAGGAGUGAAGAGGUGUGUGAGCAUCUGCUCCCUGGCCUUCAGCAUGGACGGCAUGUUCCUCUCCGCCUCCAGCAACACGGGGACCGUGCAUAUCUUCAAACUCCAGACUGUGAAAGAAAAACCCCCAGAGGAGCCCACCACCUGGACCGGGUACUUCGGGAAAGUGCUCAUGGCCUCCACCAGCUACCUGCCUUCCCAAGUGACAGAAAUGUUCAACCAGGGCAGAGCCUUCGCCACGGUCCGCCUGCCAUUCUGCGGCCACAAAAACAUCUGCUCGCUAGCCACAAUUCAGAAGAUCCCGCGGUUGUUGGUGGGUGCCUCCGAUGGGUACCUGUACAUGUACAACCUGGACCCCCAGGAGGGCGGCGAGUGCGCCCUGAUGAAGCAGCACCGGCUGGAUGGCAGCCUGGAGACGGCCAAUGAGAUCUUGGACUCUGCCUCUCACGACUGCCCCUUAGUCACUCAGACAUACGGCGCAGCUGCAGCAAAAGGUACUUAUGUGCCUUCAUCCCCAACGAGACUUGGUAAGGGGCAUGACGCAAACCUGGAAGGUAAUUAG